GACAACAAGAAUAUGAUAGAUAGAUUUAGUAAUCUUCCAGAUGAAGUUUCUCAUCAGAUUCUCUCCUUGCUUACUAUAGAAGACCUUGCUCGAGUGGGUUGUGUUUCCAAUAGAUGCAAAGAAUUAUACAUAUCAACUCCUUCACUGGAUAUCAAAUUUUAUAACCAGGAUACAUCCACAUGUAAUAAGCGGCUACGGCUGUUAAAUUCUUUGGAUAGGUUCUUGGUUCACCGUGGGGGUAAUAAGUUGCAAUACUUUCGUGUGAGUUGGCGUAGUCACUCUAUAGAUGAAGGUCGAGCAUUACAAUGCUUUUGUGAUGAUGAGAUUUUUCGAAUGAUACUCACGUGGAUCCAAAAUGCAGUAAGUUGUAAAGUUGAAAAACUUCUUGUUAAGAUCAUUUCCCCAGAAGAUGUGAGUACGAUCACUACAAUGUCUAUGACGUUCAUAUUUCUCUGUGAAUCUUUGAGGUCUCUACUGCUGAAAAUGUAUUGUACAAUUCAUGAAGCACCCUCCUUUGCUGUUUCUUCUAAUCUCAACUACUUGAAGUUGCAAAAUGUUCGUAUCAAUGAUGAGGGGUUUUUCAAAUGGAUAUCAUGUUGUUGUAGAUUCAUUGAAGAAUUAAUUCUGGAAGAAGUUCGUGGGAUGAACACUGUCACCAUUGAGAGCUCAUCCUUGAAAAUAUUUGGUUUUUAUUUUCCAGUUGAUAUCUGCCAUCUCGUCUUGUCAUGUGAGAAACUUGAAGACAUAGUCAUUGACUGGAGAUUUGAUGAACCUAGUAACAGAUCGUCAAAUAUUUUUGCUCCCAAUCUUAAAAAGUUGAUGUGGUACGGUAAUGUGAUGAAUCAGCGGAACCUGGGAAAAUUAGAAUGUCUAGAACAAGUUACACUUCAACUGGAGCCUGAAGUAGACUAUAAAAAUGUAUAUGGGCUUCUUUGCAGUUUAUGCUGGGUUCGAGUUCUUACUAUUGAUCUAUUCACCAUUCAGGCUUUAUUCUGGGAAGGAUGCCGACCAAUUCAGUUACAUAAUAUUUGGUGGUUGCGCAUGGACAUGCAUGUGCUUACUAAUGAUCUAAUCCCGGCCAUGGUUUCUCUUUUUAAAGGAAUGCCCAAUUUGUGCACUUUACACAUGGUGUUCAUGAAUAUCAACUACUCUUCUGUUCGCUGUGACCAUGUUGCAACAUCUAAGUUUAAUUUGGACUACUGGGAGAAGCAAGACCUGGCUUUUGUGCAUAAACUUCAGGAGGUACAUAUGGAUCUUUGUGAGGGUUCAAACGCAAUGCACUUAGCAAGGUAUAUACUUGGGAAUGCUCCGGCUCUGAAGUACAUGAUCAUAUAUUAUCCAUCUAAGCAGCUGAGUGUUGUACACAAGUUGAAAAAAGAAAAGCCAGUUUCAAAUGCCAAAGUUAUCUUUAAGAAAGCUGGAGAAGUGUGGCGAUAGAGUUGCAUUUGAUACUUUGUUGCUCAUAAAAUUUCCAUAU